UUUAAAAUUGGAGAGUUUCACAACAUUUCAUGCAAGGUUUUUGUCUAGAAAAAUCGAACUAAUGUGUUAUAUAAAAGAAAAUUGGUUUUAUUUCUUCAUUAUUAAGUUUGUGAUUGAAACAGUUUAAAAUGUUGGAUAAAGCAGCAGUGACCGAAUACGUAAAACUGGUUAUAGAAGAUGAAGUAGAAAGAGGAACAGAUGACCAAUUUUUAUGUGACAGUGAUUUAAACACUUUACUGGUGGAUGAUAAAAGCAGCUUAAAACCAAGGGAGACAAUUGUUGGUUACCCUACUUACCCAUUAUACAGAGAAAUAGGAAAUAUGCUUUAUCAGUGGUUAGAAAACAAAGAAUGUCCAGUUGUAGAUCUACCUAAGUAUGAUUUGUUGGAUGAGAAAGUGUAUGUGGAAUCAAGGACAGCAACAUUUGCCACCAUUACACCAUUGUUGGAUGGUAUGACUUCACUGUGGGAUCACUGGGGUGAGGAGGAAAGGAAAUACAGAAUCAGAUAUAUUUUGACACUUUUAGGAAAGAGAGGAAUAUUAGAUCUAUUGGGCAUUCGGAAGACUGUGGGAACAAAGGAGAUCUUGCCAUGUUCCAGGAAAGUGUUGGAGGAUUGUUUUGCAGCAAAACAUUCGCCAAAUUCAAGUUCCCAGCUGUCAGUUGGUGCCAGGGCAUUAGCCAAGCACUCUCAUAGAGAUAUGAGUACAUCUUGGUGGGGUGUGUGUACUGGAACUGAGGAGGCAAAGAAUGAGCAUGCCUUGAAGAUAAUGAACAAGAUUUUAGAUAAUGCCACCUGGUUAAACACUCACUGGCUACCGCAAGAUAUCAUCAUAUUAGAAGCCAGACAUAACGAAGGUUAUGGGGCCAGAUGGACAGCAGAUGGCUCAUCAUUUAGAGGAUUCUUAGAGCCUCAGAUGGAAGGUGGACAUGAUGCUGGAUGGAAGCAUUGAUGCUGCCAGUGUGCUAGUGCUAGUGCAUGUACAUUUAUAGUUAUAAAGAGAUUAUUGUGGAUAAAAAGUCAGCUGUGAUAUAAUAAAAAUAUGUGAUUUGUCUCGGAGGAACUGAAAUUAAGAACUUUGAAAGAACUGUGUAUGAUAUUAAAAAUUAGUCUCUAUGCUUUAAUUUUCUGAAGCAGUAACUAUUAAAUUAUUCCAUUCAAUGAAUUUGAAAAGUUGCACAUAUCAUAUUUGUCAGAAACACCAUGUUGUAUAUAAUAACAUCACAAUCCUCAUAUAUAUAGUACAAUAGAAUUCAUUAAUCAUUGAUUCACUGUGAUCAUGAACCCAUUAUUGUAAAUGAAUUAAAAUCUUUCAUGAGAA